AGGGACAGUGGGAGGGAGUGAGGAGUGAGUGAGCUAGCGAGAGCCGGCGAGCGAGGCCCCGCUUAUAAUGCGGAUGCAGUUUCCUCCAAUUCGAUGACCGGGGCCUUGCUUUCGAUCGAGUGCACCGUCGACCCAGCGGCAGGGCUGGUCGCUGAAAUCUGUUCCGGCUCCUCUGUCUUGUAGGUGGUGGUGAUUACGGUUUUUUGCAAGUGGAUUGGUGAUUGCGAUUUUGUAAACCGGAGGAGCAGGGGUGACGAGAGCUUUCUACGACUGCUUGUUUUUUUCCUCUGCGGACGGGAGAUUUUUUGGGAAUUCGCUAUGGCUAAGAAGAAGGCCUCCGCCGAUCGCGCUCCCGACGGGGUCACCGGAAAUGCGAAGGCUGCUGUGAAGGAGGUGAGCCCUGUCAAGUUGUUUUCGGAUAAGUUGAGAGAUCAUAAAGAGCUCGAAUCGCGCUGGGCUGUUCUGCGCGAAGCUCGAGUGGAGUACUUCCGAGGGAAAGACUUCGUGGAGUUGCUCAAUAAAUUUCCUGAACUCAAGGAUAUUCUGAAGGAUGAGCGCCCUGAAGAUGAUGAUCCAGAGACUAUUGGAAACCUUCUUCUUAAGCGAAAGCUUGUACUGCGGUGUGAAAGGGUUGUAAGAACUCUUCGCCCUCGAAAGAAAAAACUUUCAAAAUGGCCUGCUCGUAUUGAGCUCUUCCCGGAGCAAAUUUUUUCGGAGGAUGAUGCAUUUUUCGCAUGGAACUAUGAAAGGCGACGCCCGAUGUGGCAGAUUAUUCUCUCAUUCUUAGUGCCUGUUGUGACGCUCGCGUGCUGCCUUUUCCCUAUCUUCCCGCACUGGUGCAAGUUGGCGGUUCUCUAUUUCUGUCUUGCAUUUCUUGCGCUCAUUUUUGGCGUUCUUUUCGCUCGUUGGGCCAUAUUUGGAAUUAUGUGGAUCUUUUUCGGAAAGCGAAUAUGGUUCCUUCCGAACAUUCUUGCCGAGGAAGCUUCUCUGUCGGAACUCUUCAAAUUUUGGCCUGAGAAAAGCAAAGAAGACGACGUACCUCCUAAGAAGACCACACGUCUUGCCUUCGCAUUGCUGACCGCAGCAAGUCUUUGGGUUGUGUUGCACCAUGCCCCUGAUGAGGCAGCCCGUUCCAGGUAUCACAAGAAGGUUUCGAACAUCAUCGACGACGUGUUGGAAUGGAAACCCAACUUGGCUGCACUUACCGGCAACUCCGCAGAAAAAGUCGUAAUAAAUGAAACUCUGCAGAAUGAGACAGCAGCAUCGGAGUCUUUUUCAGAAGAUGUAGUAGAACCCGAUACGCAGACUGCCGAUGGUCUGCUGGACGACGUCAUUGAAGAUUCGUCACUUCAAGAAGAAACCGGGUCACCGGGUGAGGCAGAGGAUCCUGUGAAAGGAAGCAAAGAGCAUGACGUCGAGUUGUGACCAACAAAUUACAAUUUUCCUCCAAGAAUUCAUAACUUCGUCCUCCAGUUCAGAGGCAGCAACUGGUGUAUAUUAACCGAAAAUUAGGAGCUAAUAAGAAGUAGGGUCUGAGUCCAGGUCGGGCUUGACGGGGUUAACAACUCCACCUCUUUUGUUUCCCACUCUUUUGAAAAGGUUUUGAUACUUAUUUUUGCCGCUUCAGCUCUUGCAAUUUCUUGAGAUCCGGUCUUUCCUUUCGGUUAUGCGUAGUCCUACACCUCGUAUCUAAGACCCGGCUUCAGACGGGUCUGCUGACGAGCUUGUAGAGAUGAUCUUCCUUAUUUGCAUGUGUGGUAAGAAAAAUCGUGGGGUCAAAGAAAGAUCAAAGCAGACCCAGACGCAGAUGCAGCA